AUUUUCGCUGUUCGAAACAAUUGAAUUGCAAUUAGCAAAUAAAUUUUAAAAAUAAACAAAAGACUCGCGAUGUCAAAAAAGGCGCAAUAAUUUUCGCUGUCCCAAACAAUUGAAUGACAAUUACCUAAUAGGUUGUAAUUUAAAAAAUAAAGAAAAGACGCAUUGUGUCAAAAAAGGCGCGAUAAUUUUCAACGUCCGAAACAAUUGAAUGGUAAUUUAGUAUUUAAAGUAACGGCAAGGCGUUGUAGUAACAUACGAGGUUAUUAUGGCGAGUUUUUGAGACGGACCGUGACGCGAACCGGAUUGGUCAUAGUAUAUCGCUAUGAACUUGCGUCGGUGUAGUAGCGAUUAGAUAGUUUUUGUUGUGGAUCGCGCAUGCGCGGGCGCACAAACAAUGCUGUGACACAGUGACGAUUUAUUUGGAUUUUGUUUGACACUGUAGAAGUACCAGGACCCCAUAAUGUACGAGCGGUUCCUGGAAAUAGGCUUCGAGGCCGAGCUUAACACGAAGGAGGACCCUGAGCUGUACGAGCUCGCGUACGAACACUGCCAUGAGGACCUCAACACCAGGGAAGCAUCUAUUGAGGAGCUCCGUUCAAUGAUAUACGAGCGAGGCGAGUGCCUGCCCUUCAGAAUGGAUGACUCGUUUCUGCUGAGGUUCUUGCGAGCCACCAAGUUCAUAGUUCCUAAGGCUCACAGACUGGUAGUUCGAUACUGUGCGUUCAGAGACCAGUACCCAUACCUCUACAAGGAUGUGGACAUGUGGGAACUGGUGAAGGUCAAGGAUGCCUACGAGGGAUCCAUGCUAGACCGCCCUGACGUCGGCAGACUGUCCAUCUUCAGAUUCGGAAUGUGGGACCCCAGCGAGUUCCCUGUGGAAGACCUGGUCCGUGCGGGCAUGCUGAUGAUGGAGAUCGGACUCCGGCAGCCGAAGCUGCAAGUGAUCGGCGGCACCGUCAUCGUGGACUUGGAAGGCAUCACUUUGAGGCACGUGGCUACCUUGACGCCAACUGUGGCGUACCAGAUCGUAGGGCUACUUGGGCUAGCAAUGCCUUGCCGCCUAAAGGCCUGCCACUUCGUCAACUACUCCUGGAUCAUCAACACCUUCAUAUACCUCUUCAAGCGCUUCAUCCCGAGGAAGUCCUGGGACAAAAUCCACUUCCACGGAUACAACUUAAAGUCUUUACAAGAACAUAUCGACCCAGAAUGCCUUCCAGUCAGGUAUGGAGGCACGUGUAGAAAUGUAUCCAAUUUUGGAAUAUGGCUGACUAAGAUCAAGAAGUAUAGGGACAGUACCCUUGAUCAGGAGCUGAAGAAAGUAGGGUAUAUGGUUAAAGAGUGAUUAAGCAGAUUUCUGAUAUAAAAAAGCUGUAAAUAAAAUACAAGAUCUGACAUAUAUUUCUAUGAGACAUCUAUGAAAUCUACAGUAAUUUAUCUGACAAAACAAAAUAAUAAUAAAUAAUAUAAGUUCCUAAAUAACCUAACAACUUUGGACUCGGAAAGUGCUGAAGUAAGUUAUUUAAUUAUGUACAUACAUACUAGCUCUUAUAUUCAUGAACACUGUCAGUUUUAUAACUAAGCGAAUCUAUAGGAAGUUACUUAUUUGCGUCAUCACUUUCUCAAAGAUUAAUUUAAUUGAAAUG